AUGACGUCGUUUUACGAGUUGAUCGGGGUCGCCAACAACCUAAACGAUGCCAAGCCGGCACUGAACCACAGGACGGUGAUGCUCAGUGUUGUGCUCUCGUUCCUGAUUCUGACGCUGUUGUGUGCGAGUCUGAGAAUCUGGUGCCGCAUCUUCAUCGUGCGCGCCUUUGGUUGGGAUGACGUCUGCCUGGUCCUGGUGAUGGUAUCCCUCUCGGUUGGGACCAUUGGCGCCUGCAUAGCAACAAAUCAUGGCCUAGGGGAGCAUAUGAUUCUCAUGGGCAACAAGAGGUUUGUAAAGUACAUGAGGAUCUUUUAUGUCUGCAACGGGACGUUGCCUGUUUCCACCACCUUUAUCAAAGUCGCCAUUCUGCUUCAGUACCUCCGCACGUUCGAGCGCGAUACCAAGUCUCGCGCCUUCACCAUCAUCAUCCUGGUCAUCACCGUCAUGUGGGGUACGGCCUACAUUUUCCUCGCAUGGGUCCCAUGCAUCCCCGUCGCCAGCUACUGGGACUGGUCCAUACCGCACCGAGGCCGCUGGGGAUUUGGGUCUCAGGUGGCGGAGGAGCUGAUCCGCACGUAUGAGAGCCAUGCCGCCAGCAACAUGGUCCUAGACUUCAUCAUCUUCGCAAUCCCGCUGCCGUUGUGCUUCAACAGCGAGGCAAACAAGAAGUCCCGCAAGAGCGCGCUCGCGCUGUUCUUGUUUGGAAGCAUUGUCUUGAUGCUCGCCGCCUGGCGCCUGAUCGACCUGGUGAGGACCCGGGCCGGGACGUACCCGACGCUCGAUGUGACCUGGUACGCGCCGCUGCCGAUGGUGCUCGCCAUCCUCGAGAUCGACAUCGCCGCCAUCUGCGCCUCGAUCCCCGUCUUCUGGCCGGUGCUGCAGAGCAGCAUGGGCAUGAUCUUCGUCACGCGCGAGGUCAAGGUCACCACGGAGAUGAUCGAGUCGUCGCCCCCCGGCGGCGACUACGACGACUGCGUCGAGAUGUCGCGCACGGAUCUCUCGCUCUUCCACCAGUCGACGACGAUGCUGAACGACACGACGGGGCUGAUCGACCCCAGCACCUACGCCAACCAGAACGCCGGAGUGGAAGCGACCCCCGUCAAGGAGACUGUGAUAUUCGGGGCCUACAUGCAGGGCAAGACGACGUGCGACGUGGAAGCGAUCAAGGCUGUAUGA